AUUUGCCAAACCUCUCUGAGGCAGAAGCAAGGAUCCCUUCUCCAGACUACUCGGCUGGUGCUGGUGUUCAGCUGGUUUGUUUUUCCACUUCAUGAAAGUAAUCUUGAUCGUAUUUCUACAUGGCUUGUACUGAAAAUGGACUUGGAGGGCAUAGCCGUUCAUCCAUAAUGGUACCUGUGGACAAAAAUGGAAGCAGGGAGACACACCACAAUGUGCAACUUCGGUGUCUGAGUUGCAUGUUGAAGGAUGAUGAGGAUGAUGCAGAUGACCCCCACCUCCCUGUCUCCUUGAGACCUUCCUUCACUGUGCCAAGAACAGGAGCCCGCAUUCCUGAAAAUCCAAGAGCUCUGAGACACCCUUUUACACUAGCACCUGCUAUUGAGGAAGAGUCCCUAGCAACAGCAGAAAUAAACAGCUCAGAGGGCCAGGAGAGCCAGAGCCAGAAGGGACAUGAUUCUAUUAAUAUGUCCCAGGAAGUCUCUGCAAGCCCUAUGGCACUGAUGAUUGGAGGCAGAGUUGGUAGCGGGGUUCUUGAGAGAAGUGGCAAUAACUCAAAGCCAUAUAUUCCUGUGCCUAGAGCCAACGGGUUCUUUCCACCAAGGGGUUCACAGUCACGAGGCCCUCCAUAUAUCCCCACACUUAGAUCAGGGAUAAUGAUGGAGGUGACCCCAGGAAAUGCUAGAAUGGCAUACAAGGGCAACCUGGCUCACGUUUCUUUCCCACUGGGAAGCCCAAGGCACCCUAUGGAUAACUGGCAGCAGAGACCUCCUCUCCCUUUGUCAACCAAUAUUACAGGCUUACCUUGUUCUACUGCUCAUUGUUUUUUGCCUCCUCAAGCUCCAGCGUUCAAUCUAUUUCCUGUGAUGCCUACUGCUUUUGCUUCUCCGCUGGGAUUUGGUCCUCCCCUGCUGCCUUAUUUUUUUCAUUACAACACUGGAGCAAUAUACCCUCCUCCAUACUUAAACUAGAGAGCUUGUAAAAGAAACGAGAAAAAAGGAUUGGGGAAAGAGUUGAAAGUUACUCUUUUUCUUCUUAUAUAAAAUUUCCUACCCACUUACAUUUUGUUUAGCACUAAUAUGCCUUAUGAGAUUAGAGAUCUAAUAAAGAUUCCAAAUUUUAAA